AUGGCCUCUGAAGCUCUUGCGAUCUACGGCUUGACCGUCCCUCCCAAUGAGGGCCCCAUCCCGGCCUCUACUGUCAACUUCCCCGCCCGACUGCCGCCCCAAGGGCAAUCUCCCUCUGUCCACCGCUCCACCCUCAAGCUCAUCCGAGUCCCCGCUUCCGACUCGGACGACGAGGACUCGGACGAGGAUGACGAUGAGGAUGAGUACCUCAAGGCUCUCAUCAACGCCUCCGAUGAUGACGAGGACUCGGACGAGGACGAGCCCAAUGGCGGACCUUCGGACCAGUCUAAGAAGUCCAAGAAGCAGAAGCGUGCCGAGGCCCUUGCCAGCCUGAUCAGGGCUGCCCAGGAGGAGGCCGACGAGGACGAGGAGUCUGACGAGGAGAUGGCCGAUGCCAAGACCAACGGCGUUAAGAGCAAGAAGGGCAAGGAGAAGGCUACUGAUGAGGAUGAGGAGGACGAGGAGGAUAGCGAGGAGGACGAUGAGCUCUUCAUUCCCGAGGAGUUUGUCAUCUGCACUCUCGACACCGAGCGCCUCUACCAGCAGCCCAUUGACAUCACCGUCCGUGAGGAUGAGGAGGUCUACUUCAUUGCCACCGGUACCCAUGCUGUCACUCUUGUUGGUAACUACAUCGAGUCUCUCAACGAGGACUCGGACGACUACGACUCUGAGGACGAGGAUGACCUCGAUGACGACGACCUCCUGAUGGCUGGCGAGAGCGACGAGGAGAGCGAUGAGCUCGACGACGUCGAUGGCCCCAAGGGCAAGAACAAGCGCCAGGCCGAGGAGGAGAUUGAGGGUCUCGAUGCCAUGAUCUCCAGCGCCACCAAGGACAAGAAGGCCAAGAAGCUCAAGAACAACAAGGGCGAGGCCAUCGCUGCCGAGGAGAAGAAGAAGGAGGCCAAGGGCGAUAAGAAGGUCCAGUUCGCCAAGCAGCUCGAGCAGGGCCCCACUGGCUCCGCCGGCAAGGAGAAGGCCGCCGAGAAGCCUGCCGCCAAGAGCAUCAGGGUCGUCCAGGGCGUCACCAUUGAUGACCGCAAGGUCGGUACCGGCCGCGGCGCCAAGAACGGCGACACCAUCGGCAUGAGGUACAUUGGCAAGCUCCAGAACGGCAAGCAGUUUGAUGCCAACAAGAAGGGCAAGCCUUUUACUUUCAAGCUUGGCAAGGGUGAGGUCAUCAAGGGCUGGGACGUCGGUGUGCUCGGCAUGGCCAUCGGUGGCGAGCGCCGACUCACCAUCCCCGCCAACAUGGCCUACGGCAACAAGCCCCUCGACGGCAUUCCCGCGAAUAGCACCCUCAUCUUCGAUGUCAAGCUCCUCGAGAUCAAGUAA